AUGAAUUUGUAUCCUGCUCAAAUCGCAGUCACGUGGUGGAAAUCCGGCACGGCUGUAAACACGGUCGAACGAGAAAACUUGACCAAUGCGUUUUGGACUGUUUGGUUUCCAGGCAUGCGCUUUGUUGAUAUGGCCAAGAUUUUGUGCCUCAAUAGAAAGCCAGCAAUCACUCACCUCAAUCAAUCAGAAAGCUCUGCUAAAUGCGUGCAUCUUAAUAGCAACUUCGGCGUCCAGCCCGAGUGCAUGAUCGAAGCCCAGCCCUCGGUCACCUACCACACUCAUGCUAUGCCCCUCGUCAACGAUGAACUGAGCAUUCCCAGCUGGAAGCACCUCUUUUGCGACUUGCACGAGAUCCCUCAGGGGACACAUUCGCCCUCCAUGCUGCAGAAACUUUCAACAACGACGAGAACGCAUUUCUUCCCCUACUUGACAAGUGGCUGCAUACUCCAUACCGAAACCAAGGCCUCACAAACGCAUCCAAAUCAUUGA